AUGGUCGACGCAACGCAAUCCAGCCAGGGGGGCAACAGUAGUGCUUCAUCCUCCCUGGCGAAUGAGGCCGCUGCAGUCACAACCACUACUACUUCAUCCUCCCUGGCAAAUGAGGCCGCUGCAGUCACAACCACUACUACUUCAUCCUCCCUGGCGAAUGGUGCCACUGCAGUCACAACCACUACUACUUCAUCCUCCUCGACAAAUGUUGGCCCGUCCGUGGAGACCACUUCACUGCUACAGUCGGUCAUUCCCACUCAGCCUACUAGCAAUUCAGCAGCACGAACACCUUCCAGCGUUGCCAACCCAUCACACAUACCUACCAACAGAACUAUGACCCCAGUAUCUUUGCAGUCAAAUGGAAGUUUCACUUCUGGGACUCUGGCGGGUGCCAUAGUAGGCGCAUUUGCAGGGGGUUGUAUCUUGGCUCUAUUAGCGGCGUUUCUUUUCUUCUAUUUCCGCAAGAAGAGCCUCCAACCUAGGGAGAAGGGCCCCGAUUCUUCUUUUGUUGGGGAAAACACAGGGAAAGCAUCCGGACAGACAAUCACUACAUUCGCUGGCUCUUCUACGACAAAAUCCGAGACACCGCUCCCCCCAGUUGCGACCGCAUUCGAGUCUCAAUACCUGGAUUUGUCCAGAUAUAUCCCACAACCAGCAGAUGACAACUUGGUUUGCAUGCGAAUUCAGAGCUUAUUUGAUCAGGCCGGUCUACAUGUGGAGAACUACUACUCUCGGACCACUUCCAACCUUGCUUUAACUCAAGACUCUCUUGCUCGUCUCAGUCACUACGACUCAAUAUCUCUGCCUACUUCCUUGAUCACCAUGCUUUCAAACCCCCGAUCUCAAAGGGCUGUUCUCACACAUGUUCUAGUCGAAAGCCUACUGCGCGCCAUCCAACCCGGAGAAACUGAAGGCUCUCUUCUUCCAGCAAUUUAUGCAAAAAGCCCACAGAAACGGGGAAGCGAGAUGCUAGAUACUGGUAAGACCCCCACGGACCGUGCCGAAUUUGCUUGGCGUAUGCUCACGUCCUUCCUCUACGAUUCGCCGACUCUUCCAAGAGGCGACAUAAGAAAGUUUGCGGAGGAGUUUACCAAGGCAUUCGAGGCGUACAGAAACUCUCAAUUCGCAGAGGCCGAUCGCCUUCGGCACCUGGACACUAUCUCCAAGUCGGCAGCCGACCUCGGUGUCUGGUUAUUCUUACAGCCAUGUUCGUUCAAAUUCCGUUGGACAACAGAUGGAGUCUCUGAUAAUAAGCUGGUGGUCCUUCCCGCUGUAAUUAAAGUUUACGAUGAACAUGGGCGACGAUUGGCGGUUCCAGAGACUUUGGUAAAGGAAGAAACGGUACAAACAUAA